AAUGAAAAGUUGCACGUAAUAUUUAAGCUACUUAUGAGUGACAUCAAAUGCGAAAGUUCGUUGAACCUAACCUCAUUCUGAAUGCAAGUUGCACGUAAUAUUUAAGCUACCUAAAGCCCUAAUCCAUAGUGUGUCUAUAUAACACCACAUUCUGACUUCCCUGAGUGCAACUCAAAUCCACAUCUGAGAAUCAAGAAGAUAGUUUUAAAAUGGAGGAUUUGCGCCAAACAGCAUUUGCAUACUACAAGUAUGCGUCGACGGAUGUUCAACGGUUGGCAGAUGAGUCUUUCUACGAAAUGGAUCUAGACAAGAACGACCGAGUGAGCUUGCAAGAGUUCACGGAAUACAUGGAGAGGCAUGGAGAUUACGAGCAUCUGUGUAACUCCCUUUUUUUCGACGAACUAAAGAAGGAAGGACGUGAAGAGCUUGAUUUCAUGGACGUGAUGACUCUCUUGUACAUUAUUUAUAGUGGAAAACCUUUUUGUAACGGGCAGUGCAAAAAAUUUAUCAAGGGAGUUUAUUUCGCUUGUGUCAAAUGCUUUGACGAUUGUGCCACUGAUGCCACUAACACGUUCAAUGUUUGCCCUGCUUGUUAUGCUGAUGGCAAAUAUGUCCAUGGCCACGACAAAUUCCUUGAUAGCUUCCUGCUUCUUCAAAGCAAGAGGAUGACAACUUUGAACCAGCAAGCAGCGUCAAUCACUAAUGAGUCAAAGGCACCCGAGUAUGGAAGUACAUCGGAGACAAGCAAUUCGUCUUCUCCAGCUCCUCCUCGUCCACUCACACCUCAUGCAUCCAAUGCAAUGGUUCCCGUUAAUCCAAGGCCUAAAAAUAGUGCCGGGAGGAAAGCAUUGAAGACGAUAGAAAUGCUACUGGCCCUGGGAAAUAUCUUUGCUGCCACUCAGUGCACCAUCAUGUGAAGAUCUUCUACCAAUUA